ACAGCUCACAGGCACAUGAAAAUCUUCAACACCUCCAGCAACUCCAGCACCUUCACUGGCUUCAUCCUCCUGGGCUUCACUUGCCACAGGGAGGGGCAGAUCCUCCUCUUUGUGCUCUUCUCCGUUGUAUACCUCCUAACCCUCAUGGGCAAUGGUUCCAUCAUCUGUGCUGUGCACUGGGAUGAGAGACUCCACACCCCCAUGUACAUCCUGCUCGCCAACUUCUCCUUCCUGGAGAUCUGGUAUGUCACCUGCACAGUCCCCAACAUGCUGGCCAACUUCCUCUCUGACACCAAGAUCAUCUCCUUCUCUGGGUGCUUCCUCCAGUUCUACUUUUUCUUCUCCUUGGGUGCUACAGAAUGCUUCUUCCUGGCAGUUAUGGCAUUUGAUAGAUACCUUGCCAUCUGCCAGCCUCUGCACUAUCCAACCAUUAUGACCAGACAUCUCUGUUCCAAUCUCAUGGUCAGUUGCUGGGUACUUGGCUUCAUCUGGCUCUUGAUUCCUAUUAUCAUCAUCUCCCAAAUGUCCUUCUGUGGAUCCAGGAUUAUUGAUCACUUCCUAUGUGACCCAGGUCCUCUUCUAACACUCACCUGCAAAAAAGCCCCUGUGAUAGAGCUUGUCUUCAACAUCUUAACUCCUCUGCCUGUCUUUAUGCUCUUUCUCUUCAUCGUGGGGUCCUAUGCUCUGGUCCUGAGAGCUGUAUUGAGGGUCCCUUCAGCAGCUGGGAGAAGAAAGUCUUUCUCCACCUGUGGGUCUCACCUGGCUGUGGUUUCACUGUUCUGUGGUUCAGUAAUAGUCAUGUAUGGGAGCCCAACAUCUACGCAUGAAGCUGGAAAGCAGAAGACUGUGACUCUGUUUUAUUCUGUUGUUACCCCAUUCCUUAACCCUAUGAUAUACAGUCUUAGGAACAAAGAUAUGAAAAAAGCUCUGAAGAAAUUUUGGAGAUUAUAAAAUGUUAAUGAAAAAGUCCUUGUGUAACUAAUCUUCUCUUUAAUUUUGGGGUUUAAAAAAAACUGGUUUUAUACAGUUAAUUGUUCAUCUUAUUGGCCAAAGCUAAAACACCUGUGAGCAUGUUUCUGUUAUUUCUUCUUUUAGAUCUUGGUUAUUUGCCCAGUCGUCUGGAUGCCUCAAUGUUUUUUAAUUGACUGCUGGGAAUUGUAUUUUAAAAACUAUAAAGACAAUGUGUGUGGUCAUGAGGUUAAGUUGUCUUCUAGCCAGUAGAUGGAGUAGAGGCAGAUCACACGGAUUCUAUUUAAGCACUACUUCCAUGUGUUUUUAAAAUGGUCUGUGCUAGUUUCAGUUUUACUCCGAGCUUGUGGUUUUUACUGCAGGAACAUAGCCCUUCUCAGACCUCAGGUGCAAGUCUGGAGUGUUUAGAAGACCCCUCCACUUCAGCUGAUCCUGGCCUCCUACUUCAGUACUUCUUGAAGCCCAUCACCUUUGAAACUUCUUUGCUCUUUACACUCUCAGCUUUAGUCUCUGCUAGCUAUUCUGAGGUCUCACCAUGUACACAUAUAGCUUAGAAAUCCAAAAAUGCCUUGAAGGGAAAUGGCAACAAAUCCUCCCCUCUCCAGGAUUUGUUCCUCACAUGCCAGCUGCUUUGGCAACUGAAAACACCAAAUUCUCUCCCUUCUCAGUUCAGUAAAACUACUGCUUUCUGCUCAAGCUUUAUUCCUCCUUUCCCCUCUUCCUUCCCAAAUGCCUCCUUAUCCUCAUAUUCUCCCAACCAUUAAAUGGUUAAAUAUCCUCAGGGAAAAACACAUGGUAAAUGUGAAACUCACCUCCCUUUUCUUCCUUUCGUCUUGGACUGUAGCCCAUGAAGUCUUGCCUACGUCAGUGCUCUGAGUGCCUUCAAAUAAUUGUUUUAUGCAUUUUUGUCCAGAUUUUGCUUUUGAUGUAAGUUACUUUUGGUUUAAUACAAGCUUUUCAAUCAUGACCAGAAAGUUUUUUAUAUUCUGUCUAGAUUCCAUACAUUCUCACUUCUUCCUUCACUUUCACAAGAUGAUCAUGUAGUAUGUAUGUUCAAAAGUCCACAAACUGGAGAGACAGGUAGAUACAGAGGCCAGCAGAAACACUUAUCUGGGAUGCAGACCUGCUUUUCUUUUCAUUGCAACCAGCAAAGAAUCCCUCAGAGCUCUUCCGCUGCAAGAAGCAGGGAAAGGCUGCUUAUGGUAAAAUACAUGAUAAAACCAGGACCACAGAUUUAGGCCUUUUUUUAAUGGAAGGCACCCAAUAAUUGUAGAUCGGUAAAAAUAGUUACUCAGAAUUUGUAUUAGAAGCUUGGGCUAGUUCUCCUUGAACUUUUUCCUAGGCCUGGACUGAAAGGUCAUGCUAAGAUUGAAGUGUCUUCACUAAUCCAAAUGCCUAUUUUUUGGGUGAAAUAGACAGGAAUUGGAAAUGAGGAAGAAAUUUUCUAAGGAUAAUGACUUUAAGAAUUACAAAAAAAAAAUAAGUUUCUAUCCAACACCCUUUUAACUAGUCCAAGUUCCCUUUACUUUGAAAAGUAACCCUGAGUUUCUCUUUAGGACUUCUCACUUAUUUGCCAGUCAUAUCACAAUCCUGAGUUUCUCUUUAGGACUUCUCACUAAUUUUUCAGUCAUAUCACAGUAAGGUUGUUCUGUUAAUACAUCUGAAGCUCUGUAAAAUAGCAGGAGAACAGAACAGCAUCCCAGUAAGAAAAUGAGCAAAAGGAUAUAAACAAAUAACAUCCAGAAAGAUUCUUAAACAUGUGGAAAGGGUACUAAUUCAUAAAAAGAUAAAAGAAUACGCCUAUAAAUAUAUCUGACUUUUUACCUAUUAAAUUGACAAAGAUCAAGAAGUUUGAUAACACACUGUAUGUCUGAGGACUGUGAAAUGGGUUCUCUCACACUUAUCUGGUGGGCGUAUAAGUUUUACAAACACUAUAUAGGGUGACAAGGCAACCUCUCUCAAAAUUUCAAAGGCACAUACCCUUUAAAACAGCAACUCAAAUUUUAAGGUGCUUAGGCUACAGAUAUUUUUUUUUUGACACAGGUGGGAAAUGAUGAAAGUACAGGAAUAUUUACUGCAGCAUUGUUGUAAUAGCAAAAUACUAAGAAAAACAUCAGUUCCCAUUAAUAGAAGACUAGUAAAAUGACUAUGAUGCAUUAUACUUGUACCAUGGAAUAUUAUGUCUUCAAUUUAUAACCUAUGAAUCAGUUCCAUAUGUAGUGAUAUAUAAUAUGUCCAAGACAUACUGUUAAGUGAAAAACAAAGUGAAUGGCAGAGUGUACUGUAGCUGCCUUGCAUGGAAAUGUGUAUAUCUCCUGAAAGAGCUCCAAGAAACUGAUAACAAGGGUUGCUUCAAGCAAGAAGAAUUUGAUGUCUAAGGAACAAGAGAGUAAAGGAGACUUUUUUCAUAACCCCUUUUGUGCUUUCAAAUUCCUUACUAUGUGCCCACAUUAUCUAUUUACAAAAUAAAUAAAAC